AUGCGCCAAACCAUACAAUCCCAACGAUCAACAAUUCCUCAAACAUUACGAAUACCCGCCACGGCAACCCGCCCCUUCACAACCACCUUGCCCCGCCCACACAAUCCCUCAACCGUCGACCCAACCGAAGUCUCCCACUUCGACGCCCUUGCAUCCUCGUGGUGGGACCCGCAUGGCUCCUCACGCCUGCUACACCUCAUGAACCCGCUACGGCACGACUUCAUCGCCUCCUGCCGGUUCAACGACACCCUCGUGCCCUCACAUAAGCUCAGAUACCUCGAUAUUGGGUGCGGCGGCGGCAUCUUCGCCGAGUCUGCCGCACGUCUGCCCGACACAGACAGCGUGACAGCUAUCGACCCCACGCCGGGCGUGCUGAAGAUCGCAGAGGUGCACAAGCGCCGCGACCCAUUGCUCAUGGAGCCGGGGCGCCUCACAUACCUGAACACGAGCAUCGAGGAUCUCCCCGUGCCAAAGACGCCCGAGGAAGGCUACGACAUGGUGACAUUGUUCGAAGUGCUCGAGCACGUCAACGCGCCCGGGCCGUUCAUCGAGAAGUUGCUCUCUCAUGUCAAGCCCGGCGGCUGGCUGGUCAUGAGCACGAUCGCGCGGACGUGGACGAGUUGGCUUGUUACUAAUGUCAUGGCCGAGGAUGUGUUGGGGAUCGUGCCCAAGGGGACGCAUGAGUGGAGCAAGUAUGUCAAUGAGGAUGAGCUGCGGGGGUAUUUUGCGAAGGAGCCUGGUUGGGAUAGCGCGAGCGUGAGGAGCCUUGGCGUUAUGUAUGUGCCGGGACUUGGCUGGAAGGAGGUCAGAGGUGGGGAGGAUUGGGGGAAUUACUUCUUCGCGGUAAAAAGGCUGAAGUAG